AUGAGAGGAAACGGCCAGGCCAGUGGCCGGUGUGGAGGUCUGGCUCUUUUCGGCCAACUCACAUUCGGCCAGUUUUUCAGCCCGUCGCACCAACUGAUCCGUCAGCCUGGUCUCCGUGCUAGUCUGCACCCCUGGCCUGCACAGAGAUGUCGACUCUGCGUCGGAGCCUUCACGCAGCUGGGUCUCCGAGAGGCCCACUGUGAGGACACCGGAGGUCGGCGCCUGGAAGAAGAAGCCGCAGGGUGCGUUUGCAUCUUUGGCCAGUCGGUAGGAGUUGAUGAUUUCGUUCUGCGCGCCGUUCAGGUUUUCGAGUGA